AGUGUGUGAUCUGGGGGCCGGUACUCCUCUCCGGGUUGCUGACCCGCCGCAGUCCCCCCCUCUCCCCACCCUGAGAGUGGUUGGCGCCGGGGGGCGGGGCCUGUGAGCUGCUGCUGCUGCUGCUGGAUACGAUGUUGCAGCGAGGAAUUGUCCGGAGGUCUCCCGGUGCCGCCGCCGCUGCCUGAGCGCUGUGACCGGCGGGCGGGACGGGCUGCGACUGCUGGCUCUGACCGAGGAUGCGGCUGAGAGGUUAGACAUGUGGGGCCUUUAGUGGAGCCUCUCUGAGGAAGGUGCCGAGGCGGUGCGGGCCCAGCCUGCGCCAUGGAGGACGGCCGCAAUGAGAAGAAUAUCCAGGCUCAUGUCCUGUUUGACCGCUUCGUCCAGGCCUCCACCUGCAAGGGGACCAUGAAGAGCUUCCAGGAACUCUGUGACUAUUUGGAGUUAAAGCCCCGGGAUUAUCGCUCCUUCUACCCGAAGCUGAAGUCCAAGCUGAACUAUUGGAAGGCCAAAGCGCUGUGGUCCAAACUGGACAAGAGAGGAUGUCACAAGGAUUAUAAGAAGGGCAAGGCCUGUAGCAACAUCAAGUGUCUCAUCAUCGGCGCCGGACCGUGCGGCCUGCGCACGGCGAUAGAGCUGAGCUUCCUUGGGGCCAAAGUGGUGGUGGUGGAGAAGAGGGAUGCGUUCUCCCGGAACAACGUUCUGCACUUAUGGCCCUUCACCAUCCACGACUUGCGGAGUCUCGGUGCCAAGAAAUUCCAUGGAAAGUUCUGCGCCGGAGCCAUUGAUCAUAUCAGUAUUCGCCAACUACAGCUCAUCCUCUUGAAGGUUUCCCUCAUCCUGGGUAUUGAGAUCCACGUCAACCUCGAGUUCCAGGGAUUGGUGGAGCCUCCAGAAGAUCAGGAAAAUGAGCGUGUUGGCUGGCGGGCAAAGGUCCACCCUAAAGGCCAUCCCGUGUCAGAAUACGAGUUCGAUGUCAUCAUCGGGGCAGACGGAAGAAGGAAUACGUUGGCCGGUUUCCGACGGAAAGAGUUCCGCGGCAAGCUGGCUAUUGCCAUCACGGCUAACUUCAUCAACCGGAACACGACGGCGGAAGCGAAGGUGGAAGAGAUCAGCGGCGUGGCUUUUAUCUUCAACCAGAAGUUUUUCCAGGACCUGCGAGAAGCAACAGGGAUCGAUCUGGAAAACAUAGUCUAUUAUAAAGACGAUACGCACUAUUUCGUCAUGACGGCGAAGAAGCAGAGUCUGCUGGAGAAAGGCGUCAUCAUACAGGAUUUCGCCGAUACCGAGAUGUUGCUGUCACGUGCCAAUGUGGACCAAGAGGCGCUGUUGAAUUAUGCCACGGAGGCCGCCAAGUUCUCCACCAAUCAACAGCUGCCCACCCUAGAUUUCGCCAUCAAUCACUACGGGCAGCCGGAUGUGGCCAUGUUUGACUUCACCUGUAUGUACGCCUCGGAGAACGCCGCUCUGGUGCGGGAGAGAAACGGGCACCGGCUGCUGGUGGCGCUAGUCGGCGACAGUCUUCUGGAGCCCUUCUGGCCUAUGGGAACGGGGAUAGCGCGAGGGUUCCUGGCUGCCAUGGAUUCGGCGUGGAUGGUCCGCAGCUGGGCGCAAGGCGCUAGUCCGUUGGAGGUGCUGGCAGAGAGGGAGAGUAUAUACCGGCUGCUCCCGCAGACAACACCAGAAAAUGUGAGCAAAAAUUUCAGCCACUAUAGUGUCGACCCAACAACCCGCUACCCCAAUGUCAAGCUGCAGUUCCUGCGACCCAGCCAGGUCCGACACUUGUACAACACCGGAGAAAUGAAGGAUCUGAACUUGGAGAUCGGGAACCUGUUGAACGCCCAAAGGACGCCCAAACUGGGCCGCAAUGAGUCCGUCGCUCGCUCCAGCAAGCUGCUCGGUUGGUGCCAGAAGCAGACGGAGGGCUACGCCGGCGUCAGCGUUACCGACCUUACCAUGUCGUGGAAGAGCGGCCUCGCCCUUUGCGCCAUUAUCCACCGCUACCGCCCUGAGCUCAUUGACUUUGACUCUCUAGACGAGCGCAAUGUAGAGAAGAACAACCAGCUGGCUUUCGAUAUCGCCGAGCGGGAGCUGGGCAUUUCCCCGAUAAUGACUGGAAAGGAGAUGGCCUCGGUCGGGGAUCCGGAUAAGCUGUCCACGGUCGUGUAUCUCAGCCAGUUCUAUGAGAUGUUCAAGGAGUCCACCAAUUCCGAGGACCCUGAUCAGAACCUUGACGAGAAGGCGGCUCUUCUGUCCAGCACAAAGUCUCCCAUCUCCUUCCUGAGUAAGCUGGGGCAGACCAUCUCUCGGAAACGCACCCCCAAGGACAAGAAGGAGAAAGACGUGGACAGCGCUGGCAAGAGGCGGAGAACCAGCCAGUCCGAGGAUGAAGAGGGGCCCCGACCUGUGCGGGACGAGAAGCCCUCUCUAGCGAGCGCAUUGACGGAGAGGCGGAUAGACGCUGCAGUCGGUAACCAGAACAAGGUGAAAUCCAUGGCGACGCAGCUUCUGGCUAAAUUCGAGGAGAACGCCCCUGCCCCCAAUGCCGGGAUACGAAAACAGAAACCCAUCCUGCCUUACCAGCAGCGCUUACUAGAGCAGGCUGCCCUCAGGCAGGCAGAGCCUCAGUGGAAACAGCCCAGAUGUAGUAAUCUACCCCGGACCUGCCCUAAAAAGAUCAUCACCCUGUAUUCGGGGCCGUCACCUGUGCCUCGGCCGUUGCUGCAGAGCAGCCCGGCGCUGUCCGCUGUCCGUGGGGAGACGUAUCUCAGCCCGGAGAGGCUUGAUUUUGAGACCGGCAGGCGCUCCCCGGUAGACCACUGGCAGCAGUCGCUCGCCCUACGCUCGUCUGAGCGCCCCGCCUCCCCUUCCUACGAUGACAUCAGACAGAAGUACAUAAAGAUAUAUACGGGCGGCGUGAGCUCAUUGGCUGAACAGAUAGCCAAUCAGCUACAAAAGAAGGAGACCCCAAAGCCUCUGUUUGGGAAGAAAGUGGCGUCCUUCAGGAAGGAGUUCCCACAGAACCUGGGGGGCAGCGACGUCUGUUACUUCUGCCAUCGGAGAGUCUACGUAAUGGAGCGUCUGAGCGCCGAGGGCAAGUUCUUCCACCGCAGCUGCUUCAAAUGUGAUUACUGCAACACAACCCUGCGCCUGUCCUGCUACGCCUACCACCUGGAGGACGGGAAGUUUUACUGCAAACCGCAUUACUGUUACCGACGUACGGGCUACAGCCAGCGGAAGAGAGCUGCCGCUCCGGCACUUGUCAGCAAGGAAAUGAAAGGGACGGCAAAGGAUUCCAUCGAUGCUGAAGAUACAGGACGAGCCCCCACAUUGCCCCUCGCCGCUGCAGAGAAGACCCCAGGCCCCAGCGUGAACGGUGUCGAGGAGCACAGUGCGGCUAAGAGACUGCGAGCCACCCCGGAGCGCAUCGAGCUGGAGAACUACCGGGUGUCCAUGCAGCGGGAGGAGCUGGAGGAGGUGCCCGAGGAGACUUUGGCCGAGCACAACCUGAGCAGCCUGCUCGAUAAAGGGGGAGGAGAAGAUGAGGAGGAUGUCGGCAGCAGUAGCUCGGAGUCUGAGAUGGAGGAGGACGAAGAACAUCUGCCGGCCUCAGAUCUUGGUGGGGUUCCCUGGAAGGAGGCUGUGAAGAUCCACGCCAAGCUGAAGGGGCAGAGUGGGAAUGAGGGGGCAGGAGAGGACGCUCUGGAGGUGGGUGACAGCGAGGAAGAUGAGGAGGAUGAAGAAGAAGAGGAGGAGGAAGACGAUGAGGGAUCCAGUGAAGAGGGUGAGUAUUACCCCUGGGAGCAGGAACUCCAGCAGGGUCUGUGGCUGCAGCGUAUAUCUGAUGAAGACACAGUUGGUACAUUUAAAGCUGGGAACCUCAAACUGCAGCAAACCCUGUCCCCUCUGGACCCCAUGGAGAUUAAGGCCGAUGUCCACUGGACGCACGUCCACAGAGUUCACGAAGAGCAGGAAGGGGUUUUUGCAGAGGGGGAAGAACUGGGCACGUCGUCGCCUUCCAAAGCGCCCGAGCUCCCUUCCCGCCGCCAUGACCCCGUCAGAGCGUGGCUGGAAUCCGUAUCUGGAGCUGCAUGUGAGGAUGAAGCGGCAGAAGCCGAGGUGUUGGGAACUGGUCUUGGAGAGGCUGAAGCAGGAGGUGACGGGGACACAUCUGCGGAUCUUGGUGACGACGAUGACAUCCCGUCAGACGCAGAGGCGGAGGAGCGAAUUCAGCAGUCGGGAAGACUGACGUUAGAAAUUGAGGGGUCGGACGUGGCCCCAGUGCUUCGGAGGGGCGCCGACAAAGAUUCCAGCCCGGCUGCAGUGACCCCGGAACCGGACGUUUUAAGUCCGGUCAGGAGCCCUAAAGUGAGGAAUGAGAAGGUCUCACUGUUGUCUCCGCAGGAACUGACCUCUCCCAGCCUGAGGUUUUUCCCUGAUCCUUUUCUUCCCACCACCGGCAGCAAAGCGUCAACUCCAUUAGAACCGAAAGCUCGGACCCCUCUCUCACCAGUCUGCUCCCAGCCAAUCUCCAAGCAAGAGCCCAUUGUCCCUGCUUCUCCAGUGAAAUCCCCAUCUCUACCACCUCUUAAACCUCUCAGGACCCCAACGUCCCCCAUCUGCUCUCAGCCACUGCCUUCCACAGAGGUUACUGUUCCCACCACAACCCAGUCCCCUGUAUGUCUGCAACCAUCCCCGGUCAUCACUUCCACCCCCUUGGCCAAAUUGCCUUUUACGGGCCAAACGGCAAGGACAGAAGCGCUGACCAGCCCCACUUCCGAAGAGGCUUUAAAACGCGUUGAUUUGAUAGAAGAGUUUUGGAUGAAAAGUGCAGAGAUUCGUCGUAGUCUUGGGCUGACACCGGUUGAACGUAGUAGAACGCCGGAGAUUAAUUUUCCUGCCAUUGAUUCCUCUGUUUCACGGACUCAGGUGUCUAGGACCGCCCCAGAGGAGCUGAAGUCUCCACCAUUAAAAACUCAGCAGGUCCCCAAGAGAGUAAAUCCCAACCGGUUGGACAUUGAGGUACUCUCCCCACUCACUCCCAUUUCGCUAACAGAGAAAGAGCUGAAGAUCUCAGAAGGUGAGAAGAAGGACAUUUCCACUAGUUCUGGUCUAGGUUUGAAUGGUAGUAAUUCAAAUACCCGAACUGUGGCCAGUGAAAGCUUUAACACCUCGGACUCUGCUAUGCUUACCCCACCUUCUAGUCCUCCUCCUCCCCCGCCGCAAGGUGAAGAGCCUGCUACACUCCGACGAAGCAUGGCCUCCUGGCAAAAUGGCCCAGACUCAACCCCCCAACCUGCCCAGGCACAAGUCAAAUCUCCGGUAGUUCCUCGACCCAGUCCAAAAUUGGAAGAGAUUCGAAAGUCCUUUGUAGAAAGUGUGGAUGAAAUCCCUUUUGCAGACGAUGUAGAAGAUACGUAUGAUGACAGGACUGAGAACUCUAGCCUCCAAGAAAGGUUCUUUACCCCGCCAACCAGCCGAGGAAAGCUCCAUAGGCUGGCCCUGACCAAGGAGAAUGGGGAAAUUCCUUCUUUGGAAAGAGGACACCACAAAAAGAGGACUCUACCACAGUUGACUCCUGAAGCCAAAGAGUUGGCUGAGGAGAGGAUGAGGGCGAGGGAGAAGUCUGUAAAAAGCAAGGCCUUAAGGGACGCCAUGGCGCAGCAGCUUCACAGAAUGAAGCAGCUGGAGACUGUACCAUCCAGCAGAACGUCCAGAGCUCCAGGUUCUUCUUCCACGAAGCUAACCUUUGAUCUUCCGGCAGAGCCUGGUCGGAUCGGGUCUCAUCCGGAGGCGCCAACCCUCAGGCUGGAGACCUCAAAUGAUCUCUUUCUCUCUAACCCUCCUGCCGAUGGUUCAGUUACCUCGUCAGAAGGUUCAGGUGGGAAACCCAAGAAGAGGCCUUCGUUGUUCUCCCCGAGGAAAAAGGAGAAAAAGUCUAAGGGGGAAGCGAGCCGGUUGUCUGAUAAACUAGACGAGGGUACGAAGCCCAAGUCGCUGUGGAAAUCUGUCUUCUCCGGGUAUAAGAAGGAGAAGAAGAAGAAGCUGGCAGAGGAUAAGUCUUCUCCUAGCACUCCAUCUAGCAGUACCACGGUGGACUCGGGGAAAGUCACAGCAUCUAAUCUGAUGGGAGCAGCAGACCUUCCCCUCCGACGCCACUUGAGUUUCUCCGAAGAUUCUGAUCUAUCCAGCGAUGAUGUCCUAGAAAAGUCUGGGCAGAGGUCCAAGCGGGAGUCGGUGUAUGUCCCCCACGCCUGGGCAUUCAGACGAUCAUAUUCAUCAAAGAAAACCUACACUGACGAGGAGCUGAACACGAAGCUGACUAAGAGGGUGCAGAAAGCCGCCCGGAGACAGGCCAAGCAGGAGGAGCUGAAGCGGCUGCACCGGGCACAGAUAAUCCAGCGCCAGUUGGAGCAGGUGGAGGAGAAGCAGCGGCAGCUGGAGGAGCGGGGGGUCGCGGUGGAGAAAGCGCUGCGGGGAGAAGCAGACUAUUGGGGAGAGUCUUAUUACAGUGACCUCAUCGAUUUGCACCUGGGUGUCGAUCCCAUUGUGGGGACUCCACGCCGUAGACCUAUCUCCUUCUGCCCUUGCUGUGCCCACGAAGGGAUGGGUAAGAAGGACGACCCCAAGCUGAUGCAGGAAUGGUUCCGUCUGGUGCAGGAGAAGAACGCUCUGGUCCGAUACGAGUCUGAGUUAAUGAUAUUCGCCCGGGAGCUGGAACUAGAGGACAGGCAGAGCCGUCUACAGCAGGAGUUGCGAGAGAGGAUGGCUGUGGAGGAUAACCUGAAGAGCGAGCAGGAGCUGUCUGACGAGAAGCGGAUCCUGAACGAGAUGCUGGACGUGGUGGAGCAGAGAGACGCGCUGGUGGCGCUGCUGGAGGAGCAGAGGCUGCGGGAGAAGGAGGAGGAUAAGGACUUGGAGGAAGUGAUGUUAUCUAAAGGCUACAACUUAAACUGGUCCUGAGAUUCCUCCUGAGCGGAGAAUAUGUUUCACCGGGCGCUGCCGUUUGUCUUGCACUGGCGCAUGCACCGAGCUGCCUCAUGGAGAUGUUACAUGGACCCCGCUACCCCCUGCACAGCGCACGGUGGUCCCAGCGGCAGCAAGGCGUUAAAAGGGAGACGGUGUUUCUCAAAGACGAAUUGUACGGAGCAUUUUCCUCCGGUAUGACACUGAAAAACUGAAAGCUGCAGUCUCUAUUCAGGUUUACAUUACGCUGCCAUUUAUAGUGGUGCCGAGUACGACCACAUGUAAUAGUCAUCACUAAAGUGAUCCGUCACUUGCAGUGGGAACAUUUGGCCACUAGGUGGCCCCCCUCGUUAUCUCCAUAGAAGAUUUUAAAGGAAUGCGUGUAUUGAUGUUUGACGUUUAUUUUAUUUUGUCUCCUGAGUCUGAGAUCGGGAAAUUGUUAGGAAAUGUUAUGUAUGUAUUAUUUACCCCCACCCCCCAGGAGUCAUUUGGAAGGUCUUGCAUGUUGGCGUUAUAGCACAGAACCGUGAAAUCCCCAAUUUAAUUCAGGUAUGUCUGGUUUACUGGUUUAUUUGCGCCUGAAAACGCGAGGAACGCUCCGAUUGUAUAUCCUGCACUAACGACGUUUGAAUGAAGACGACUUAUUUUGCUAUCUAUUUUUAUUUUUUUUAUUUUUUAAACAUCGUCUCCCUUUUAUUCACGUGGAUUCCGGAGAAGACUCGGCGAUGCGAUAUAACGGUCUCCACGCUGCCUGGCUCGUCCUCACGGAUUGGUCUGAAUCGUUCUUCCAAUAGGUCAUCCUCGUUUUAUGUGCAGUAUGUUAACCUCUGCAGCGCUGGACAGGCCGGCGACUUCUAUUUGCCACAUCAGUACUGUCGCGGGGAAAUGUUAGUGGAAUAGCGUUCACAUUGUGUGUGGGGGGAUGGGGACUGAUUUAAAACUCCAAAGUUUUUUUUUUUUUAUAAAAGUUGGAGGUGAGGCGGAGGGACGGGGGGGAAUCGUUCACCUCUCCAGAAUGUGAAGGGUCCUGCAUCAUUUGCGCUUGGCGAGAUGAAGCGUCGCACACGCAACAAAAUAAUGACUUUCUCAGCUAAUAGCGAUUGGGGGUUCGUCACAUCGGAACUGUGUCUUGACCCCCUCGAAACCUACAUUUCUGAUACGGAAAACAUGGUUGUAAGCGUAAAUCUCUGAAAAGCGGGAUAACUAGCGCGACGCAGCCUGACGCUCCCAGCUGACCGUACGUCUGUCUUGUCUGUAAUGGGCAGACUCUGCACGCCUGCUGCAUUGUAUGAGAAUACUGAAUGUACACACCCUUCCGGUCCCCGACACCUUUGUAUUUUAUGUUACAUAGUAAAUAUUUUAACAGAAUAUAAUUCCACAGUGGAUCGUUGUACGUUUGACCUGCUGUCUCCUGUUCUGCAUAAUGCACCAUGGGUUUCUGUUUGCAUGCGCAACAGCUGGCAGCCUCGCCAAGCUUCCAGAUACUUAAGUUAUUGGCCCUGAUCACUGCGUCUUGGGAAUCGCCCCUGCGGACCUCUGACCGCCUGCAAAGCCACGGCAAGGGUUAAGCUUGGAGUAUGACCCCUUUCCUGUCCUUGUAAAGCUAGAACGUAUAUAGUGUGAUCCUGGGCGGCACAACCUGUACCCUGCAGACAUAAGGCUCAGUGACAGCCUGGGCUGUUACACGUUUGCAGGUUACUGCACCCUGCGGCUGGCUGCCUUCAUUUGUCUUACAAAUAAGGAGCUGGUGACAGUCUGUGUUCCACUAGUUGGGUUACAAAGCUGCGUAUACUUACACUCAGGCUGUAGAUAUAAUGUUAUACGUCUGUCCUACAUCAUAAAAUAACUUUCUCCAUAUUGAGAUAGAGGAGCAGACGCCAUGUCUGUGUGUGGUCCCCACAGUCUUGCCCCGAAGGGUUUGGCCUAUUGUUAUCACGUAGGAAGUUGGACAAAAACGUUUUAGAAAAAAAAUAUUUGUUAUACUCCCGAACUAAUAGUCUGACGUGUGCCGUCAUUUCCUGACCGCGUGGGACCAUAUUGCUGAACCCAAUUUGGCAUCGGCCACAUCGGUUGUCAGAUUGGAACUGGAUGCUGGCGGUGGGGGGACGAGUAGGGGGAUGCGAUAGUCUGUGGUCCGCUGACACGCUGAUGAGGUCUUGGCAGUUAUCAGUGUAAUAGUAGCUAACGUCCCAGCUGGAAGAGAUUCAUUUUUAGGUCACGCAGACCAAUAACAAGGGCUUCUGUAACACAGAGGGGGGCACGGUCCCGAAAGCACACGCCUCUAUUAGACCUAGCAAGGGUCACGCACAGAUUUCCUAUAUGCAGUGAUCUGGUUCCAUACAGUCAUUUGUUGCCGUAAAAUGUGAGAUUCUGGCCGGGGAAGGGUUAAGUGUUCAAAGCGUGACCACCUUAACCCUUUCCCCGCCGAGGCGCAAGGCUGAAUAGAUGUGGCAUCCACGCGGAAUAUCCGAUUUCUUGUUUAUAUACUGAUAAUUUAUCUAGAGGUUUUACGCUGUUGUUUUUUUUUCCCCCUGCUGUAUAUUCUUUGUCUUUGUAGCACAUUCAGAAACCAUGCCACCUACUUCUCUGCCACGCCGGGGGGCCAGGGGCCUAAGAACCCCUGCUCCGCUGGUGCUUCCUGGAGAGGAGAGGUCGCGUCCUUUUGCCCCAUUAGUGCCCAUCUGGGUGCCAGCUCGUUAGUUUGCGCUGCAGUGCCUUGAUAGGCAUUAUAAGGGCAAUCCUCUUUGUGUCCUGUACCACGACCACGGGAUGUAGUGUAAACAAUAAUUUGCGCCGACACAGUUUUCACCUGUUCUUUUUUUUUUUUUGUCAAUUAACUUAUUUUUUAAUACUUGAAAUAAGAGUUGCUGUUUUUAUAUAUAAAGGUCCAGAAGCUAA